AUGGCUACGCUUUCAGAUGACGCCAUUCGCAAGGUCUUUGUUGAAUUACAAGCCAAAUAUAUCCAGAGCCAGCAACAAGUAGCUACUGUCAAAGCUCAGAUCCAAGCCAAACAACGCGAACGCAAGAUGGCAGAAUUAACCCGACGUGAACUGGAUAGCUUGGAUCCCAAUACGAAAACUUACAAGCCCGUUGGAAAGAUGUUCAUUCAAAGCCCAUUAAGUGACAUGAAAAAGCAAUACGUUGAUUCCAUCGCUGCAACAGACGAAACAAUAAAGCAACUAGAAAAAACACAAAAAUAUUGGGAACGAUCAGUUUCUGAUGCAGAAGGAAAUCUUAAAGACAUUCUUCAGGGCCCAAGAACGAUGUAA